GCCAAUCCGUUCCUGGAAGUAAUCCACUCCUCAUUUUACCAUAGACCAGCAUGCUCCGGCUGGCAUCAGAACCUGGAUUUAGACUCUCAGCUCGUGCUGUUGCGGUGCAGGAGAGAGAGAGAGAGAGAGUUGGGUAGAAAAAGAAAGGAGUUUGAAAGAGAGAAAAAAGUUUUUUCAAAACUUUUUUUUUUGCCGGGUUGCAAGAUUGUGUCCGUUUGUUGCGGUCACCAGCGCGUCUGGAUGAGGGAGAAGUGAACAUACAGCACGGGAGACAGAUCAAUAAUUAUAAAAAAAGAAAGAAAGUUUGCCGAAAACCACAGAAGCGAAGGACUUUGAUUUUUUCCAGCGUGUGUGAAGGCUGGUCAAAAUGGGGACGAGGAGCGUUUUAGAGGGUCUUUCUGGACUUCUUAUCUCCCUAAUAUUAAUAUCGCAAAUUAUAUACGCGGCCCAUGGAUCAAAGGUCUGGGGAGAGGUAGCGGUACCCGAGGACAUGGAGUCCCAUGCAGGCGGCAGACGGUGGGAGAAAUAUUUGGUCGAAUCAGACGAUGAGGACUUUGCUGCAGAUGAAGCUUCCGGAGAUCUUGGCAGCGGUGAGGAUGGAAGCGCUACUGAACCCACUCCUGUCUCCACAUCAAUGCCAGCAACAAUAUACUACAGAGCCCUUGUGAACUUCACCAAAUCGCUACGCUACGGACCGCAGCUGGAAGACAUUUACUCUGAAGAGUUUCAGGAUAUAUCGGACGCUGUCGUUGAUACGCUUGAAUCUGAAUAUAGUAAGAUUCCCGGAAAUCAGGAUGUCAGCGUGGUGCUAAUCAAGCUGAUCGAUGGGUAUGAGUUUGUUGAGCUGGAUGUGGGAUCGGAUUUCAACACCAACGAUGCGAUGAUCCGCAGCGUGCUCUACUCUGUCGUUGAAGAGGGGUCCAUCGGCUCCUAUAGCACUUCCGUGGAGGGCUUUCAGUUCAGACGUCUCGGAGUAGUGAUCCCAAGACCCCGUCAGUGUAUGUCGGAUGAGUUCGCCUGCGGGGAUGGCGAGUGUAUCCUUCUGGAAUAUCGCUGUGACAACCGAGCAGAUUGCCGGGACAUGUCGGACGAGACUGGCUGUGAUUUACAAACACUUGCACCCCCAGUCAGAACCGCACCCCCAGUUAUCCCCACGACAACUGUGCGGCCAGUGAUCACCCCUCGGCCCCUGCCUCCUCACACCACGCCGAGAAACGGUAUCCAUGGUCUCCCUGGUCCCGUGAAACCCACCCCCAGAAGGCCCUGUCGAGUGGAUGAAGCCGUGUGCCAGAGUGGUCAGUGCAUCCUCCGAGACUACCUCUGUGAUGGGGAGAGGGACUGUGGAGACGGGAGCGACGAGCUCAACUGUGGCACUCCAUCCCCCUGCGAGCCCAAUGAGUUUAAGUGUCGCAAUGGCAGGUGUGCCCUGAAGCUGUGGCGAUGUGACGGGGACAAUGACUGUGGAGACAACUCUGAUGAGGAGUACUGCCCCACCAAGGGUCCAGGUGACACUUGCGCCCCAGAUCAGUUCAUCUGCGUUACCGAUCGAGUCUGUAUCCCAGCCAGCUACCAAUGUGACGAGGAGGCGGACUGCUCAGACAGGUCCGAUGAGUAUGGAUGCACCCCUCCUCAGGUGACUAGCCCCCCUGAAGAGACCAUCACUGCAGCCCGUGGUGAGACGGUGACCUUUUCCUGUUCAGCAGUUGGAGUCCCCACCCCCAUUAUCACCUGGAGGCUCAACUGGGGGCACAUUCCUGCCAGUGCCAGAAUUACAAUGAGCAGUAAGAAUGGACAAGGAACUCUGGUGAUUCGUGACGUGAAGGAUGCUGACCAGGGGGCCUAUACGUGUGAGGCUAUCAAUGCCAAGGGGAUGGUGUUUGGGAUUCCUGACGGAGUGCUUAUGAUCGAGCAAGGCCCCUGUCCCGGUGGUCACUUCAGCAUCGAGUCCAACUCUCGCUGCGUCUCUUGCUUCUGCUUUGGCAUCACCAAGAGUUGCCAGAGCACCCGUCGCUAUAGAAACCAAAUCCGGCUGCGCUUCACUGAGGAAGAUGACUUUAAAGGGGUCAAUGUUUCUCUGCCCUCUAAGCCUGUGAGCCCACCCCUGACCAGCUCUCAAAUCCUUAUCAACCCAGAGAUGGAGGAGUUCCAGUUGUUAGACCUGUCCAGGCGUUUCCUUAAUCUUGAGUCCUUCUGGACUCUGCCUAACCAGUUCCUGGGAAACAAGAUCGACUCUUACGGUGGGACUCUGAAAUACAAGGUGCGUUACACACUGGCCAGGGGGCAGACCGAACCAGAGGACAGGCCGGACGUGGUGAUCGUGGGCAACGGGCAGAAGCUCAUCUACCGUAGGAGGAAACCCACCCCACCCAACGUGGUGAACCAGCAGGAGAUCCAGUUCACUGAGGAAAACUGGGAGCACGAAUCCGGAGCCCCUGUAUCCCGUGGGGACCUCAUGAUGACGCUGGUGAACCUCGAAGGCAUUAACAUCCGCACCGUGUACGACAACAAGAUGGUGAGCGUGGGCCUGAGCGACAUCGUCAUGGAUACCACCACAGUGGAGUACACCAACCAGGGCCCGGCCCUGUCUGUGGAGGAGUGCAGAUGCCCCCCUGGUUACACGGGCCUGUCCUGUGAGAGCUGUGCUGCAGAUUUCGAGCGUGUUUCAGGCGGUGCUUUCCUGGGCUCCUGCGCAGGCUGCAACUGUAACGGACACGCCAGCACCUGUGACCCAGUUGGUGGACGCUGCCUGAGCUGCCAGCAUAACACAGAGGGCCCUCAGUGUGAUAAGUGUCGGCCAGGCUUCUUUGGAGACCCUACGAGAGGCCGUCCGGACGACUGCAAGCCCUGCCCCUGUCCGUACACUGAAACAACACGCCGGUUUUCUGCAACUUGUUUCCUGGAUACUGAUGGACUAGCAACUUGCGAUGCCUGUUACCCAGGCUACACUGGGCGUCGCUGUGAAAAGUGUACUGCUGGUUAUGAUGGCAACCCACUGCAACCAGGAGGCAAAUGUAUUCCUUCAAAUAGCAUUUCCAAGUGUGAUAACAGGGGUACUGUGUCACCAACAAGCAGACACUGUCUCUGUAAGCCCAAUGUUGUCGGUACCCUGUGUGACGAAUGCAAGACUGGCUUCUUCCAUCUGAAGCAGGAUAACCCUGACGGAUGCCUCCAGUGUUUCUGUAUGGGAGUCACCAAGCAGUGUGCCAGUUCCUCCUGGAACAGAGAGCAGGUGCGUGCCGCUGACAACGGGCAGGAGUUCACCCUGUCCAACUCGGCUAACACCAGGACCAUCAGCGAAGGCAUCAUUCUCCAAAGCUCUUCAGAGCUGACUUUCAGAUCCUUCUCAGAACACCCCACUGACGUGUACUACUGGGUCCUCCCAGAACGCUUCAGAGGAGACAAGGUUACUUCUUAUGGAGGGGAGCUCCAGUACACUGUGCUGUAUAACCCCAGGCCUGGCUCCCCCACAGUCCAUGGCAAGCCCGACAUCACCCUGCAAGGAAAUGGCAUCUUCCUGGAACACUUCUCUGACAUCACCCCCAUUCCCGGGGUCCCAACCACCAUCACUGUGCCCUUCAGAGAGUCUGCGUGGCGACGUGCCGACGGCCAGCCCAGUACCCGUGAGCAUCUCCUAAUGGCUCUGGCAGACACCAGCCUCUUCAUGAUCAGGGCCACGUAUGCUGACCAAAUGACCGAAUCCAGUAUUUCAAAUAUCCAUAUGGACAUUGCCGUGCCCUACCCCACUGGGCAGGAGACAGCAGCAGAGGUGGAGUAUUGUGCCUGCCCGCCUGGCUACCGUGGACCCUCCUGCCAGGACUGUGACGUUGGGUACGUGCGCACAGGAAGUGGUCUCUAUCUGGGUACUUGCGAGAGGUGUAACUGUAACGGACAUUCCAGCGAGUGUGACUUGGAGACUGGAGAGUGCCAGCAAUGUCAACACAACACAGCUGGGCCUCACUGUGAGAUCUGUAAACCUGGUUUCUAUGGCGACCCCAAAGAUGGAUCCCCUGAAGCCUGCAGGCCUUGUCCAUGUCCUGGGACCUCCCCCUCAACACAGUUCUCUUUGACCUGCUUUUUGGAUACAGAUGGCCAGCCAACCUGUGACAACUGCCCAGCCAGCUAUGCUGGUCGACGCUGCGAAAGGUGUGCUGCAGGGUACUCUGGGAAUCCACUCCUGGGACGGCCGUGCAGCAGGAACGGGAAUAACAACGGGAAUGAUUGCCGUUGUGACCCCAGAGGAAGUGCUAGCGACAGAUGUGAUGCCAAUGGUCAAUGCCUCUGCAAGAUGCACACAGAGGGCCCUACUUGCAGUAGCUGCAAACUUGGGCACUUCCACCUGAGUACUGCUGUGCGGGAGGGCUGCCUACCCUGCUUCUGUAUGGGAGUGACUCAGCAGUGUAUCAGCUCCUCUUACUACAGAGACCUGAUUUCCACCUCGUUUUCUCCCGGAAACUUCCAGAACUUUGUCCUGGUGAACCGGCAACGCAGCACACGCAUCGUUACUGGAUUCUCAGUGGAAAUCGCCACUGACGGUACUCAGCUGUCAUACAGCCGCUUCGGACAGCUGGGCCAGGAGGCAUUGUAUUGGCAACUUCCAGAGAAUCUCCAGGGAGACAAGAUUGGAUCCUACGGUGGCCGCCUCCGAUACACUCUCUCCUACAACGCUGGGGUCAGGGGAUCUCCAGUCCCGGAUGCCGAUGUGCAGAUCAUUGGUAAUGACAUCACUCUGGUGUCCUACCACCCUGAACAGCUGAGGCCCCGGGAGAGGAAGACCUUUGAAGUCAUUUUCAGUGAGCAAUACUGGAAGCGUCCGGACGGAAUGCAGGCGACCCGUGAACACCUGAUGAUGGUCCUGGCUGACCUGGAUGAGAUCCUGGUCCGAGCCUCCUACUCCACUGACAUGCUCUCCACCAGCAUCUCGGGGGUCAGCAUGGAGGUGGCCGUGCCCACUCCCACCAGCUUGCCCCAGGCCCUGGAAGUGGAGCAGUGUGGCUGCCCGCCUGGCUACCAGGGGCUGUCCUGCCAGGAUUGUGCUCCGGGCUACACCAGGACUGGAGGAGGCCUGUACCUGGGACACUGUGAGCUCUGUGAUUGCAAUGGACACUCUGACUCCUGCCACCCAGAGACCGGUGUUUGUACGAGCUGUCUGCACAACACAUUUGGGCAGAUGUGUGAACAGUGCGCUUCUGGUUUCUAUGGCGACCCGACAGCCGGGACUCCAGAGGACUGCCAGCGUUGUGCGUGCCCGCUGCCGGAUCCAGAGAGCCAGUUCUCCCCUACCUGUGAGAGUCAGGGGUCUGGGUACAGAUGCACUGCCUGUCAGCCUGGCUACACUGGGCAGUACUGUGAACGAUGCGCUACUGGGUACGUGGGUAAACCUCUCGAAGGGACAAAGUGUCGCCCAUUCAACCCCUCGCCCCUGGAAGUCCAGGUGUAUCCGGAGAGGACAGUCGUCUCCCAAGACAGUGAUGUCACCCUGCGAUGCCAGGUCACUGGAACUCCGCCCCAUUACUUCUAUUGGACGAGAACAGAUGGGCGUGCCUUGCCAAGCAGCGCUCACACACAGCGAGACGGUAAAGAGCUGCAUUUCUCCCGUAUUCAGCCUAAUGAUGCCGGGGUCUACGUCUGUACCUGUAGGGAUCUGCGCAAUGCCAACACCAGCCGAGCUGAGAUCAUAGUGACUGCUGCUCCCUCCAAAGCCAUUGAAGUGACAGUAGAGGAACCCAAAGAGCAGAGUGUGAGCCCUGGGUCUACUGUCAGCUUCAUCUGCACUGCUCGGAGCAAGUCUCCAGCUUAUACUCUGGUCUGGACCCGACAGAACAAUGGCAAGCUUCCGGACCGGGCUAUGGACUUCAACGGCAUCUUGACCAUCCACAAUGUACAGCCAGAGGAUGCAGGCCUCUAUGUGUGCACAGGCUCCAACAUGUUUGACAUGGACGAGGGCACUGCACUCCUCUAUGUAGCAGCUGCCUCACAGACACGGAUGUUUUACCAAGCCUAUGAAAUGUUAGAAGGGCAUAGAGCGCCUGUCGCAGGGGUCCAGCCCGUUGCGACCAUCACCCCCCCAGUCCUGACCGUCCAGCAGGGCCAGCGCGCAGAGUUCCGCUGUACAGUCACUGGAAACCCUCCUCCUGCAAUCGAGUGGUUUGGAGGCCAGGGCAACAGGAUCUCUCCCAAUGCAAUAAUCCAAGGAGGUGUCCUUCAGAUCCCCACAGUAGAGCGCUCAGACGAGGCAGAGUACAUCUGCAGAGCACUCAACAUCCACGGAGAGCACUCGGCCAGGGCUGUACUAUACGUGCACAGUGCCAGUUUACCCCACGUCCAGGUGAGCCCCCAGCGCAUAGAGGUCAGCGAGGGGGAGCCAGUGAGACUGUACUGCCGGGCCGGAGGAACCCCCAGCCCAGCUCUGACCUGGAAGAAGCUGGAUGGAGAGCUGCCCCAACAGGCUCGCACGGAAAGGACCGACAUAGGAACCCUGGUGAUCCCCUCCGCUAAAGCCUCCGAUGCUGGGGUAUAUCUGUGUGUCGGCACCAACAGCAUUGGGUCUUCUGAAGGGCGAAUUGAAGUCUCUGUCCAUAGUGUUGCUAUUGCUCCAUUCUCAGUCACAAUCCAGCCAUCCCCAGCUUCAGUGCAAGAGGGCAAGUCGCUAGACUUGAAUUGCAUUGUCAGAGGAGCUCCAGCACCCAGCAUCACCUGGCACAGGUCAGGAGGACCCCUCGCCUCCAAUCACCAGGUGAUAGGCCCGCAGUUACGGAUCCUCCAGGCUACGUCUUCAGAUUCCGGGGAGUACAUCUGCCGGGCCAGCAGCAUUGCCGGAGUCCAGCAAGCCACUGUCUCUGUGUCCAUCACAGACACCUCGUCCCGUCAGCAGUCCCCCAUCAUCUCCAUUGAACCUCACAGUGCUUCAGUCAUUCAAGGACAGUCUGCCAGUUUCAGGUGCCGGGUCUACAGCGGGGCUCAGCCAAUCAGAAUCGAGUGGAAGAUGGCAAACAACCAACCACUGCUGGACAAUGUGAAGAUGACUCAAGAUGGCUCCGUGAUCACAAUCAGCAACACUCACCAUGGCAACCAGGGUGCUUACCGCUGUGUGGCCAGCAACCCCUUUGGAAUAACACACAGCAUCGUCUCCUUGCUGGUGCAAGCCCCCCCCACUGUGUCGGUGACCCCCCAGGGCCCUGUCCGGGUGAAAGUGGGCGAGCCCAUCAACCUGGAGUGCCUUGGCAUGGGCGAGCCUCGCCCGGCAGUGAGCUGGCGCAGAGUGGACAGCGCACAGAGAGUGGUUCUGCAGAGCCCUGUGCCAAUGGACAGCAAUGCAGUGAUGCAGGUUCUAGCAGCCCGUCCAGAAGAUGCAGGUACCUACACCUGUGUGGCAAGGAACCCAGUGGGCUCUGCUCAGAAGCAGGUGGAGGUGGUUGUGGAGGGUGGGUCUGUGGUCCCCACCAUCCCCAAGGUGUCUGUCGCAGAGCCCAUGGUAAUCGCAGUGGAGCGAGGGACCGCCACACUGCGCUGCACAGCCACUGGUUACCCAAUCCCGACUAUCACAUGGUCCAAACUGCGAGCCCCGUUGCCUUGGCAGCACAAAGUGGUCAACAACAGCCUUGUCAUCCCGAAUCUGGGCCGGCAGGACUCGGGACAGUACAUCUGCAAUGCCACUAACGCUGCUGGUACCUCCGAAAUAACCAUCAUGCUGGACGUGGAGAGCCCCCCUUACGCCACAUUUCUCCCCAACGAUCUCACUGUGAGGGUGGGCGAGGUGAUCAGGCUGCAGUGCCUGGCCCACGGGACCCACCCUCUCCAGUACCAGUGGUCCAAGGUGAACGGCACCCUCCCCACCAGGGCAGAGGUACAGGAAGGAACCCUCCAGAUCAACCUGGCCACUGCAGCAGACUCGGGAACCUAUAAGUGUGUGGUCAAAAACAAUGUGGGCACCAGCGAUACCCUGGCCAAAGUGAAUGUUAGACCCCCCCCUACUGUGUUGGUAGCCCCCCCCACUGUGUCGGUGACCCCCCAGGGCCCUGUCCGGGUGAAAGUGGGCGAGCCCAUCAACCUGGAGUGCCUUGGCAUGGGCGAGCCUCGCCCGGCAGUGAGCUGGCGCAGAGUGGACAGCGCACAGAGAGUGGUUCUGCAGAGCCCUGUGCCAAUGGACAGCAAUGCAGUGAUGCAGGUUCUAGCAGCCCGUCCAGAAGAUGCAGGUACCUACACCUGUGUGGCAAGGAACCCAGUGGGCUCUGCUCAGAAGCAGGUGGAGGUGGUUGUGGAGGGUGGGUCUGUGGUCCCCACCAUCCCCAAGGUGUCUGUCGCAGAGCCCAUGGUAAUCGCAGUGGAGCGAGGGACCGCCACACUGCGCUGCACAGCCACUGGUUACCCAAUCCCGACUAUCACAUGGUCCAAACUGCGAGCCCCGUUGCCUUGGCAGCACAAAGUGGUCAACAACAGCCUUGUCAUCCCGAAUCUGGGCCGGCAGGACUCGGGACAGUACAUCUGCAAUGCCACUAACGCCGCUGGUAUCUCAGAAAUAACCAUCAUGCUGGACGUGGAGAGCCCCCCUUAUGCCACAUUUCUCCCCGACAAUCUCACUGUGAGGGUGGGCGAGGUGAUCAGGCUGCAGUGCCUGGCCCACGGGACCCACCCUCUCCAGUACCAGUGGUCCAAGGUGAACGGCACCCUCCCCACCAGGGCAGAGGUACAGGAAGGAACCCUCCAGAUCAACCUGGCCACUGCAGCAGACUCGGGAACCUAUAAGUGUGUGGUCAAAAACAAUGUGGGCACCAGCGAUAGCCUGGCCAAAGUGAAUGUUAGAUCUCCCCUGUCAGUACGGGUGUCCCCACAGAUUGAGGUGAAGGGGCGUGGCAGCACUGUGGAAUUCACCUGCUCGGCCACAGGUGGCGCCAAAACCAGGAUUGAGUGGCUGAAGGAGGGCGGCAGUCUCCCGCCAAAUCACCACGUCGACAACGGAGUGCUGAGGAUUGAGAACCUGGAGCAGGAUAAUGAAGGUGUCUAUGUCUGCAGAGCCACCAAUAUGUUUGGCCAGGCCCAGGACAGCGGCAAGCUUACCAUACAAGCUCUUCCGAAGGUGAUGAUCAACGUGCGGACCUCAGUUCAGACUGUCAUGUUGGGGAACCAGGUGGAGUUUGAGUGCCAGGCCAUCGGGGAUCCCCAGCCCACUGUCACCUGGAGCAAGGUGAACGGGAGACUGCCCUCCCACAUCAUCGUCCAAGGGGGGAUGCUGAAGAUCGAGCAGGUCAAGGAGGCCGACGCAGGACACUACCGCUGCACCGCCACCAACGCGGUGGGCUCGGUCCAGUCAGAGGUCGUCCUCAAUGUUCAGUCCAUUCCUCAGAUUGCUGCACAGCCUAAAGUGAAGGAGGUCACUGUGGGGUCAACUGCAGUCUUCCCAUGCAUGGCUUCAGGAUACCCAGCUCCAGAUAUCAAAUGGACAAAGAUGGAAGGAAACCUCCCACAGAGUGCCCGAGUGGAAGACCAUGUUCUGACAAUCCCAUCGGUGACCCCAGAGCAUUCAGGGACCUACAUCUGCACAGCCUCCAACAAACAAGGCAAAGUGCAGGCCUUCUCCGUGCUCACAGUAAGAGAACGCGUGGUGCCAUAUUUUACCCAGACGCCUCUGUCAUACCUCACACUGCCCACCAUUAAGAAUGCGUACAAGACUUUCAACAUCAAAAUAACCUUCAGACCAGACACAGCUGAUGGUAUGAUCAUCUAUAAUGGGCAGAAAAAGACGACUGGAGCAGACUUCAUUUCCUUUGGGCUUGUGGGCGGCCGGCCUGAAUUCAGGUUUGAUGUGGGCUCAGGCAUGGCUACAAUCCGCUACCCAACUUCCAUUAAACUGGGAGAGUUCCACACAGUGGUGCUGUACCGCAAUCAGACCCAGGGAGCUAUUGUAGUGGACGAUCAUGCUCCCGUCAACGGCAGCUCUCAGGGUAAAUUCCAAGGCCUCGAUCUGAACGAGGAGCUCCAUGUGGGUGGCUACCCCGACUUUGCUGUCAUUUCUAAAACCACAGGAAUCAAAAGUGGAUUUGUUGGUUGUAUCCGGCAGCUGAUCAUCCAGGGUGAUGAGGUGAUCUUCAAAGACCUGGACCAGAGCUCCACAGGCAUCUCCGACUGCCCUACCUGCACAGAUCAGCCAUGCCAGAACGGAGGUGUAUGUGAGGACUCGGAGACCAGCAGCUACAUCUGUGACUGUCCCAUAGGAUUCACUGGAAGCAACUGUGAACAUUACUCAGCAUUGCACUGCCACCCAGAGGCCUGCGGACCAGAUGCCACCUGCAUCAACAGGCACAAUGGACUGGGCUACGAUUGCAGGUGCCAUCUGGGCAAGUCAGGAGACAAGUGUAUGGAGGGUAUCUUGGUGACUUCGCCCUCCUUUAACGGAGAAGACUCUUAUGUCUCUUAUCCUCCCAUGACCAUCGUUCACAAUGACCUGCGAAUGGACCUGGAGUUCAAACCCCUCGACUCCGACGGGCUCCUGUUCUUCAGCGGGGGAAAGAAGAUGAAGGUGGAGGACUUUGUCUCCUUGGCCAUGGUGGACGGGCACGUGGAGUUCCGCUUCGAGCUGGGAACAGGCAUGGCUGUGCUGCGCAGUCCCGAGCCGGUAGCACUGGGCAGGUGGCAUCGCAUCAUGGCUGAACGUAGCAGCAAAGAUGGCACUCUGCUAGUGGACCACCAGAAAGAGAUCAAGAGGUCGUCCCCGGGGAAAGCUCAGGGUCUGAACAUCCACACCCCAAUGUACCUGGGUGGGGUCCCCAACAUGGCAAUCCUGCCCGAACCUGCCAACAUCAGCCGUCUCUUCCAUGGGUGCAUUGGAGAGCUGUCCAUCAACGGGAAGAAGGUGGACAUCUCGUACAGCUUCACAGACAGCAGGAACAUUGCGCAGUGCUAUGACGAGAGCCCCUGUGACCGCAUGCCCUGUCUCCAUGGUGGCUCAUGCCUGCUCACAGGAGAAUUCGAGUACCAGUGCAUCUGCCGGGAUGGAUAUAAAGGGGAUCGCUGUGAGAUCUUCAAGGACAUGUGUCUGUCAGGAAAUCCAUGCAAGAAUGGAGGGAGCUGCAGCAAAAACCAGUGUCUGUGUCUGCUGGGAUUUACUGGGCAGCUCUGUGAAAAAGGACUGACUGACACGGAGCCUGAGUGGCAUGCAGAGGGUAGCGGGGGGAAUGAUUCUCCCAUUCAGUACUCUGCGUAUUUCCAUGAUGAUGGCUACAUGGCCUUACCCAAGCCAAUGUUCCCAAGAAGCUCACCGGAGGCUCCUGAAACCAUUGUGCUGGAGGCUCGCACCACAUCAGCGGAUGGGCUGAUACUGUGGCAGGGAGUGGAGCUGGGAGAAGAUGGAAAAAGCAAGGACUUUGUGAGCCUGGGUUUACAAGAUGGACAUCUGGUCUUCAGCUACCAGCUGGGCAGUGGUGAAGCUAUCAUCGUGUCAGAAGAUCCGAUUAAUGAUGGAGACUGGCACAAGAUAACUGCAGUGCGGGCUGGGAGAGUGGGCUCCAUCCAAAUCGAUGGAGACGACAUUGUGAGAGGAGAGUCGGGAGGAACCAAGGUCAUGGUCAACACCCAAGGCAACAUCUACCUAGGUGGGGCUCCAGAUAUCUUCACGCUCACGGGAGGGAAAUUCUCCUCUGGUGUCACAGGUUGCAUAAGGAACGUCGUGUUAAUGAACGCCAGACCAGGAGACCAGCCGCAGCAGCCCAUUGAUCUUCAGGUUCACGCUGAGGAGGGUGUUCACGUGGAAAAGUGCCCUUCAUAGGUCAUUUACAAAGACAAAACAGAGACUUUGGAGGAAGAAAAACACACGCAUAUACAAAAAAAAAAAAAAAAUGGUGCUUUGCUGCUACCAAAAAAACAAAAGGAUUGUCUUGUCUUCUGUUAUAUGAAUACCAAAAAAAAAAAUGAACAAGAAGUCUUUAUGAAGUCCACUUCAGUGUUGUUUUUUGAAUGAAGGAUUAUAACAAACCCACAAUCCAGGUCGGGUUACAUAUUACCAGCAGUAGCCAUAAGGGAGCAUCGCUGUAGCCCUUUGACAAUCCUACGGAGUUUGAUAUGUUUUUACAGCACUGGUUUUAUUCAUUUCUUUUUUUGAAUAUUAAGGGGGGGGGAACAAACUAAGCCUGUCCUGCUAUUUUAAUUUCUAGAGCCUGGGUUCUCAUACAGUGUCGUAUGGCUUUGUGGCCUAGCUGUGUUAAUACUUGAAGACGUUUAGGCCUUCUAGUCAUUAAUUUCUCUCUUCUUUUUUAUUAUUUUUAUUUGUUUUGUCCUGCGAACCACUUGGUGAGAGUUCUCAGAGCCUUAACUCAAGGAAGGGUAGCCAAAGACACCAUGCAACAAUAUUGCCUACGCCUGGACAAAAUAAGGAGAUUGCGCUCGGCAUUUAUUUUCAGUUCUCCUCAUGUAAUUGACUGUUACAUUUUGAGCCACUGUUACAACUGUAAAAUAAAAACAGUUUGGAUCAUGACAAUACCUAAUACAAUGGUGCUAAUUUUAGGGAAUUUAAUCCCAAAACAAUUUUUAAAAAAUGUAUUUCCUUUUGGUUGCCACAGCAACCCUGGAAAUUCCAUACUUCAGGCAAUUUUAUAAUACAAUAUAGGUCACCAAAACCAGAUAGUUGGGUUUACUUUUCCAUCCCAUCUCUGGGAUAUUAUUUUUGUGCGAGAGCAAUAAUGCUCAUUAAUUUAAACCGCCAGCCGAUUCCGAAAAGUUUUUUUUUAAUUUUAUUUAAGUUCAUCGCAAACAAGUUUCUCUCGUUGUGUCCUGUAGAAUUUCCGUUGAAGACCUCAGGAGAGCCUCAUAAAACUGCCUCACAGGGACACCGUCCCAUUUCAGGUCCACAUAAUGGUUUAGUUUAGGAAGAAUAUUAGUUUUUAGCACUUGUCAUGUUGAAAUGGCAGCUGGAUACAAAAGUCAAGCAAGAAUGUGUUAUUUAGAAAGCAGUAGAAUUGCAAAUCCGACCGAGUUAUUGCUGAGUUUGUGUUUGAUAAUGGAACUCCUUCUCUGGUCUUGCCUGGGCAUACUUGCCAUGGAUGGUUGACUCUGUUACUGUUAUGGCAGGGCUUCACAAACGUGUCACUUUUAUAUAUGUUAGGAUAUUGCAUUUUAAACUGGCACUGUCAUUGCAUCUAACAUUGCUUUUCGUUGUAAAGCUUACAAUAGCCUCACCUCUGUAACAAUACACAAUGCUCCUUUUUCAAUCAGUGCUUUUAAAAACUUCAAAAGCAAUUAAAACCUGAAUCAAAUUCAAACGUUCCCAGUGAAUUCAGGAUUUUCAAAGAAGAUUGGGAUUAAAAUGGUGAUUUAAAAGUGAGAGAAAAUGGGGCAUUGCAGCUUUCAAAUAACCUGUUUUGUUUCUUUUACAUUAUUUAAUGAUUUAAUGUACAUGUGUUCAAGAUUGUCGGAAGGCAUGUUUUAUAGAUAGAGGCCUGCUUUCUGGUUCCAAGCUGAUAACAUCUGAUGGUGGGACCGAUGUCUGUGUUAUUCUGUCUAUUGGUUUACAUGCCACAUAAAAUCCUUUUCAAAUCCCAAAGGCUAAACAACCAAAUUCAGAAGUCUUUUCCUAUUUACUGUGUUAUGAGAUUUGGGUCAUCUGAUUUCUUCUAAUCCAUUAUCUAAUGUUACAACAUUACACAUGUCAAAACUGCCAGAAGCACAAUUGUAUGUGACAAGUGAACAAAAAAAUAGUAGCAAACACAACAACGAACAUUUCAAAAAAAGAGCAAGCAAUCAGAUCUUGAAUUCCAUUUGCCACGUACACGCUGUAUUCCGAACGUUCAUGGACAGAGGUUUCAACUCAAGGCAUUUUCUUGAUUAAUAAAUAGUUAGUAAUAAAGAGAACUAUGUUUGAAACAUGCCUAUGUAUUUUAAAUGUGAACAAAACACAGCAUCAGUGUGAACUAGUGUACACGUUUUAAUUCAGAACACCACAAAAGGGAAAUAUCUUAUUGAACAAGGAGAGUCAUGAGAGACUUGAUGUAGGUGCCUAAUCUUCAGCUGUCUGAGACAUGAGUCCACUAUAUGCCGUCUCCAUUUAAAUGGACACAAUAUUAGCUCAACUAUUAAGUGACAUGGUGUAAAUUACAUUAUAUGAGGUCUCACUGGGUUUUUAAUACAGUAGAAAAAGGUUUAUGUGAGCGUAAAUGUGGAUAUGGCCAAGGAGGCAAUGAAUCAAUAUUUAAAUGAAUUGCUUUUAAGUAUAAGGAUUGGAUAUUAUUUUUAUGCUUUCAAAAGUAGUAGAGUACACUGCAGAGACAUUUUUGAUGGAAACUAGGAACUGGUGUCCUUAAGUUUUAGUUUUAUACAACAGGAUCUGUUUUUAUUUUGCAUGCAUUAGUACAAAGUUUGGGGGCAAAUGUUACAGUAGUGGAAAUGGAAGAACUAUUGGGCAGUUUUGUGGUUGAGAGUUUUUGGUCUGUUCACUAGAAUUUGGGCAAUUGUCUUUUAAUUGCUGUAACCCAGAAAAAGUGUAAAAUCUGUGACCCUUGCCUUUUAAAUGUUGUUGGAUAUGAAUUUAGUUUUAUUCACCCUAGUUGCAGCUUUAAUACUACUGAAUUUCAUCAUGUUUUUUAGCUAACAUCUAUAGUUUUUAAAUUUUUUUUGUUUGUUAAAAUGGCUUAAAUACUUGUGCUACUCCAUUCAGACAUGUUUAUCUUUGCUUUCAUUAAACUUCUCCAACCGACACAGAAAGAGUUAUUAAAACACGCUUCUGUUUUUUGUUUGUUCUUUGUCGAAUUGCACAGUAGUUUUGGUUCAAUGUGAUUUAAUAACAACCAUGUGAGAGCUUUAACAUGUUUAUCAAUAUUGUGUUGUUUUCAAAGCUAUAAUGUAUUAUGUACUUGUCUAUUAUUGAAUUUAAUCAUUUUUGUUAACUAUUUUUGGAUUAUUCUUUCCCCUUAAACACCCAAUUACAACCCCUUUAAACUGUAUGUAAAGGAUAAUCAGGAGCAUGCCUGCUCUCUAUUAAAAUCACACCACGGGAAGCAAUAUACUUCUGUGUUUAUAUAUGA